AAAAGAAACGCGAACGCCUCUCGGAGUUCCCUAUAAAGACCGCACGCGCUCAAGGAAAGACAGAAGAGAGAGACAGCGACCAUCUCUCCUUCUCUCGCGCACCCGCAGAUCCCCCUCCUUCCCCUCUUUUUGAGCGCCCGGGCGCGAGUUUGGACUCUGCACGAGCGAAGCUGGCGGCGUCCAGACCUUUCCUCCAUUGUGUGUCUCUUCGUUCUUUCUGUUUCUCGCGUCUGAGAGUGCAAGUCUGCUUCCUUCCCCUCCCUCUCCACAAAAUGUUUUUCUCUCGACUGUCUCUCUCAGCCCUGAAGGCUGCCCCCGCGCGCGAGGCGCUGCCGGGACUCCUCUCUCGCCAGAGCUUCAGCUCUGCAGGAUUUUCGCAGUUUUCUUCGCAGAAAUUCUUCUUCUCUCCCAGCAGAAACUUCUCUCAGUCCCCCCUCUUCCAGAAACACACCCCCGUCCACUGCAAUCAGAGAAUCGCCAGUGCCCUGGUCCCCACGCAGCAACCGGCGAUGACCCGCCAGAAUCCGUACGCGAUGCAAGUUGGAGCUCGCUACGACGCAGGAGUCGCAAGUCUUAGCGCCGCCAUUGCUCUGAUGUCCGUCGGCGGUGUUGCGCAAGGUAUCGGGUCUCUCUUUGCUGCUCUUGUUUCCGGCACCGCUCGCAAUCCGUCGAUCAAGGAGGAUUUGUUCACCUACACACUGAUUGGCAUGGGGUUUCUCGAGUUCCUCGGCAUCAUUUGCGUCCUGAUGAGUGCCGUCCUGCUCUACUCUUAAAAGCUGAACGCCGCCGUCAGUGACGAGCGUGCCGCCGUCGCUUGCCAUGUAACUCCGGAGCCUCGACAGCUGGACGAAGGGGAGACGAGAAACGCGGUCAAACAGUGGAGGAAAAAAACACUCUCCAGAAAACCCACAGGCGUUUGUAAAUCUGUGCAUCUGUGGCCGUGUGAAGUGGAGGAGGGGAGGCGAGAGUGACCCGCGAAAAAGAAAGAGUCUUGCUGUCUGCUGGCGCCGGUCCACCGUGGGCGCGUAUCUGAACUUCUUGUCUUUGCAAAACUCACCUCAAGCGUUUGUACGAAGAACGCUGCGAGAAGGAGUGACCCUCGCGGC